UUUAACAAGACUCAAAUUGACAAAGGCAGAGUGGAAAACUUCUUCUUUUUUUUCCGAUCAGCUGCACAAACAUCUGUUUCACCACCACCAACAACAACCACCCCUGCACUGACAUCUACAACUGAAUCAACAACACCUGCUCAAACAUCUACAUCUGAAUCAACAACAACCACUGAACCAACAUCUACAUCAACUACAGAAACAUCUACAGUUCCACCACCAACAACAUCCACUGAACCAACAUCUACAUCAACUACAACAACAUCUACAUCUCACUCACCAACCAAUGAAUCAACAUCUGAAUCAACAACACCAACAUCUACACCUCAAUCAACAAUACCUGCUGAAACAUCUACAUCAGAAUCAUCAACAACCACUGAACCAACAUCUACAUCAACUACAGAAACAUCUACACUUCCACCACCACCACCAACAACAACCACUGAACCAACAUCUACACCUCAAUCAACAAUACCUGCUGAAACAUCUACACCAGAAUCAUCAACAACCACUGAACCAACAUCUACAACUCAAUCAACAACACCUGCUGAAACAUCUACAUCAGAAUCAUCAACAACUCAAUCAACAACACCUGCUGAAACAUCUACAUCAGAAUCAUCAACAACCACUGAACCAACAUCUACACCUCAAUCAACAACACCUGCUGAAACAUCUACAUCAGAAUCAUCAACAACUCAAUCAACAACACCUGCUGAAACAUCUACAUCAGAAUCAUCAACAACCACUGAACCAACAUCUACAACUCAAUCAACAACACCUGCUGAAACAUCUACAUCAGAAUCAUCAACAACCACUGAACCAACAUCUACAUCAAUCAACAAUACCUGCUGAAACAUCUACACCAGAAUCAUCAACAACCACUGAACCAACAUCUACAACUCAAUCAACAACACCUGCUGAAACAUCUACAUCAGAAUCAUCAACAACUCAAUCAACAACACCUGCUGAAAC